ACCAGCUCUAGUUCUUGACGCGUUCUGACACGGACGCGGUUUUCGACCAGAGCAUUGAAUUGUGUGUGUUGUUUGUUAAUUCGCUUCGUUCUGUGGCCAAUUUUAUUGGGCCAGGUGCGAAAUCAGUUUUGUGCGGUGUCGGCCAAAAAAGAAAAAGAGUCGCAAACAGCCGCAUUAGCAUAAUUGCAUGCCGCCUUCUGCAUACGUGUGUGUGUGUGUUGGUUUGUUUGAAAGCAUCAGCAGAAAAGGCGGCAAAGAAAGAAGCAGAGAGGCGAAGCGGAGCCGAGAAAACAAAAACAAAAAAAACUGCAACGGCAAACAUAAUUAUUUCGCAAUGCAUUUAACGUAAAGUUGCUCCAAAAACACCGACACUCGGCCAAAAACGCAUACAACGACGAAUCGGCACUUCAUUUUACAUGCUUUUUUUGCCGUUUUCAUCAGGAAUUGACUGCAAUACAGACAAACUUGUUUAACUUGACCAGACGUUGGAACGAUUAUACGCCUUUUGUGCGCGCGACGCAAUUAUCUGACAGCACUUGAAAGUAUGCUACACAAAUUAGUUUCAACUUGUUACUGCAACAACAACAACCAAAACAACGGCAACCAUCCCACGCAAUUUAUUAUAUAGACUGCGUAGCAAGCAAGAGCGAGAAAGCAACACGGCAACAGAGCAACAACAAGAAAUCAGGAAACCAGAAAGCGAACUGGAUUAUAUAGAAAAUUCUACAACAAAAUAUAACAACAAAGAAGCAAAGCUGUUACUCCUAAAGGUAAACGGAGCCACCGACGGCACUUACAGCACAAAGAUGGCGUCCUCACCGACACCAUCUCUGGACUCGAUGCGCGGCGGGGCGAACUCGAUUGAAUCGUAUGAACACGCCGGCUAUCUAUCAGACUCUCCGCUCACGUUGAGCGGUUCAUCGCCUCCGGCCAGCGAUUCUGCAAUCUGCAGUGAUGAGUACACGGGCGGCAGCAGCGUAAAGUCACGCUCUGAGGUGACGGUUAUCAAUGGCCAUCAUCCCAUUUCGGCCUCCGUCUCGUCCAGCUCUUCGGCCAGCUCGUCCUCCUGCUCGUCGUCAUCGUCCUCAUCCUCGUCUUCGUCAUCGUCCAGCUCCUCGACCAGCGGCCUCAGCGGUUGCGGCAGUACCAGUAGCAGUGUGAUCAGCGCCAACAAUGUUGCUAGCAGCAAUGGACCAGGCGUUAUCGGCAGUAAUCUUCAGUCCUCAAACAAUGGCGGCAACUCGGGCAUCAGCAGUCUUGUCGUGGGAGCCGGCAAGGGAAGCAGCAGCAACAGCUCUCCGAGCAACACAUCCACCAAUGGAUCUCCGCCACGUUGCACCGCCUGCAAGAGCAAGUGCAGCGACGCGGUGGCCAAGUGUUUCGAUUGCCAGAGCUAUCUGUGCGCCAAUUGUGUAACUGCUCAUGAGUUUAUGCACUGCUUUAACGGACACAAUGUGUGCCUGAUUAAGGGUUUUGAAGCGAGCACCACUGGCACUCCACUGUCCGUUGGAUCGCCCAGCAACAAUCCGGCAUCAAAUGAGUUCAAGUACGCUAGUUCGCUGACCAUGAUGCUGCAGCAGCAGCAGCAACAGCUUGACUCGCAACAACAGCAACAGCAGCAGCAACAAUUGCUGCCGGCGCAGCCCAUGUCGCAACUUUCGAAGAUUGUACUGGCAGCCGCCGCACAGGCGAAUUCCCAGGAGCAACAGCGCGAGGAUAGCAUCUAUGGUUCACUGCACCCACAACAACAACAGCAGCAACAGCAGAGACAACUCUUCUGCCCCCGACACAAACAGGAGCUGCUCAAGUUCAGUUGCCGCACCUGCUGCAUCCUGGUGUGCAAGGAGUGCAUUGUAUUGGAGCACUCCACAGGUCUCCACGAACUGGAGAACGUGCAGUCACCCGGAAUGACAACCACUUCGGGAUCCUCGGCCAACGAGACAGCUUUGCAGACUUUACUCGCCGAUAUGCGUGGCAAAAUUGGCGAGAUUGUCGGCAUUGCUGGAAAUUCGGACCAGACUCUCACCAAGGUGAAGCUGCAGUACCAAAAGGCGCACAACGAGCUGAACGAGACGCACCAGUUCUUCGCAUCCAUGCUGGAUGAGCGCAAGACAGAACUGCUUAAGGAACUGGAAACGCUGUACACCGCCAAGGUUAACAGCAAUAAUUCGUGGCAGCAACGCUCCCGCGACUUGAUCGAUAAGGGACUGGCCACCUGUGAGGCGGUAGAGCGGAGUCCUGCUCCGCCAUCAUCCUUGCUGGCAGAGGCCCUUCUUCUGCGCAAAUCCCUGGAACAGCAACUACAGACGGGCAUUCAGGAGAUGCAGCUACCCUUCGAGAUAGAGUUUAUGUCCAACUAUCAGUCGAUUCAGGCCGGCGUGCGCAACACAUUUGGUUACAUUCGAGCAAACAGCUCAGACGGUGGACCUACUGGCAUGAGCCUGACGAGCAAUGGCCAUGGAAAGCAGCCGCCAAUCGCCCGGCCAACACAGAGCGCCAGCAAUAGCAGUGCCAGCAGUGCGGGAAGUGGUCACCAUGGCCACCACCAACAGUCACACCAUCAUGGCCACCACAAUCAUCACCAGACGGCCCAUCAUCAACAGCUGCAGGCGCAAUCGACCUUGCAUGGCUUGGGUCUUGGAUUGAGUGGCGCCAGCUUGUUGGAUAGCAGCUCUAGUGCAGGUGGAGCAGUGGGUGCCUUUAGCAACGGAGGACUUCUGCUGACCGGUCGCGAUCGCAACGCCCUGGCAGUGGAACAGCAUUUCGGCGAGCUAAUGCCUAAGCGGGGUGGCGGUGGCUACACCGGCAGCAAUGGAUCCGCCGCCAGUGCCGUGGCCCACUACAAUCCCUACGAGAAGUGGAGCAACGGCGGAAGCGACAACCUCUUUUCAUCGGUGACAAGCGGCGUGUCUGGUAGCUCUGCAGUGGCCGAUGCCUUUGCCAGUCUGUCUGCUGUUGGAGGAUCCGUGGUUAGUGGCGCUGGAGCCGGCGGAAGUACCGUGAGUUCAGAAUCGCUGCUGGACCUUACCAACAAACUGCUUUCGGCCACUAUCUAUCCGCCCAAGUCGCAGAUCAAGCGCCAGAAGAUGAUUUACCAUUGCAAGUUUGGCGAAUUCGGCGUGAUGGAGGGCCAGUUCACAGAGCCUAGUGGUGUGGCGGUAAAUGCUCAAAAUGACAUCAUUGUUGCGGAUACAAACAACCACCGCAUUCAGAUCUUCGACAAGGAGGGACGCUUUAAGUUCCAGUUUGGCGAGUGCGGCAAGCGUGACUCGCAGCUGCUGUAUCCGAACCGCGUUGCCGUGGUACGCAAUUCCGGCGAUAUUAUUGUUACCGAGCGCUCGCCCACGCACCAGAUCCAGAUCUACAACCAGUACGGUCAGUUUGUGAGGAAGUUCGGGGCCACUAUUCUGCAGCAUCCUCGCGGCGUGACCGUGGACAACAAGGGACGAAUAAUUGUGGUGGAGUGCAAGGUGAUGCGUGUGAUCAUCUUUGAUCAGAACGGCAAUGUGCUGCACAAGUUCGGUUGCUCUAAGCACCUUGAAUUCCCCAACGGCGUGGUGGUCAACGACAAGCAGGAGAUCUUCAUCAGCGACAAUCGGGCGCACUGCGUCAAGGUGUUCAACUACGAGGGCCAGUAUCUGAGGCAGAUUGGCGGCGAAGGGAUAACGAACUACCCAAUUGGCGUCGGGAUCAACUCGAACGGGGAGAUCCUCAUCGCGGACAACCACAACAACUUCAACCUGACGAUCUUCACGCAGGACGGGCAGCUGAUUUCGGCGCUCGAGUCAAAGGUGAAGCACGCCCAGUGCUUCGAUGUGGCGCUCAUGGACGACGGAAGUGUGGUGCUGGCCAGCAAGGACUAUCGGCUCUACAUAUAUCGCUAUGUCCAACUGGCGCCAGUGGGUAUGUAAACACACAGACACACACUCCAUGGAUGUGAGUCCGGAAAGGAGGAGGAUCUGUGGUCCGGCUCUCACUACUUCUAUAGGCUAAGUUCUCAAUAGUCUGACUUGCGCGGUCUCUCCAGCUCUAAUUCUAAAUCUACACAAUCGAAGUUGAAAUCGAAAUCUAUAAGCCUCUAUCUCCCCCAAUCUGUCAUCUCUCAUAGCCUUAGACUUUGCUCGCUAUGUAAUAACACACACGCACACUGUUGGAAUGAUUUUUAUUAUCUUUUAAAUUAUUGUUGAAUUUUGUUUUAUUUUUUUAUAUAUAUUUACACUGUUAAGCUUAGUUUUUAUUUUGUGCGUACUUGUUUAUGAUAAAUAUAUAUAUUGUGUAUUCAUGUUCAUGUUCAAAUCGGAUAGUGCCGCCGCCUCUCUAUAUCUUUGCACACUUCUCACUUCAAACCCUCCUAUCUCGCGUGCAAGUCGUCUCUUAUUCGUUUUGGCUGUCGAUUAGAAGCGCACCAAACAAAAGCAAGCAAAAACACCAGAAACAAACAAAAGAAAUGACACUUUUAACUAUAUAAAUACCAGCAAAAAUCCCUCCACUUUUUUAUGUUCGUUGCCGACUGCAAGCAAAAAAAAAAGAAAAAAUUAAAAAAAAAAGUUGAUUUAAAAUAAACUUAACAAAUAACCGCUUAUGAAAUGUCGAAAAGAAAUGGAGCCGCGUAUCGAGCAUUAAUUAAUUAAUAAUUGAUUGUAAUUCUUAGAUAUAUGAUUGCGCAAAUUGUUUGUUAUUAUUAUUUUUGAUUGCAUAAACAUUUGAUACAUUAUAUAUUAUAUAACUGUUUUUUACGUUUAUAAAUUAUUUUUGAUUAUACCACUUAUUGAUUACUGAUUAUUUAUAUGUAUACAUUAAUUAAUUACCUUCUAAGACAUGUUUGCUACUUCUUUACGAAAUCAACCCAACCCGAUCCGCGACACAAACAAUUCACAAUUUUUAUACUCGCUUAGAAUUUAUGUUUUUCAUUGUUUUAUUGUACCCACGACAGAGGAAAAAAAAGAUGGAAUACCCCUAAUAAUAAUGCAGACAAAACCCA